AUGUACUUGCUGAUUAUUUGUUCAGUGUGGAUGCAAAUAGCAAACCAGGAAUAUCUCUGCGCAAAACUCGUCCAACCAUUCAAAUAUGGCGCUUUCAAAUUUUUAUUGGUGGUAAUAUUUUUCAUCUAUCUAUCUAUCUAUCUAUCUAUCUAUCUAUCUAUCUAUCUAUCUAUCUAUCUAUCUAUUUCAUAUUUAGCUUUCUUUCUUACUGUAUUUCAUUCAUUUUUUAUUGUUUUCUCGUCUGCUGUUUAUUUUCCUUCCUUUUUUCUUUCUUUCUUUCUUUUCUAUAUUUUUAUCUGUUUUUUUCCCUUUCUUCCUUUCGUCAUGCUUUCUUUUUUAUUUCUUUCCGUCGGUCAUUUCUCCAUCUUUAUAUCACCAUCGCAUCCUUGUUCCUUUAUUUUACAUCCCUUAUUUUUUUUCAUAUUUUCUUUAUUUUUACUUUUUUAUAUCCUUUUUCUUUCUUUCUUUCUUUCUUUUUUCUUUCUUUCUUUCUUUAUUUAUUUCGAGCAUGCUUUAGUUUCUUCUUUUCUCUUUUAUUUAUUUUUCUUUCUCUCAUUAUUUAAUCCUUUUCUUUCAUUCCUCUUUUUUUCUCUUUUUUCGUUCUUUCGUUUACCUUUUAUUCUUUCUUUCUUCGUCCUAUUCUUUCUUUUCUUUUAUCCUUUCUUUUUACCUUUCUUUCUUUUUUCCUUUCUUUGUUUCUCAUUCCUUUCUUUUUGUUUCUUUUUUAUCUCCUUUCUUUCUUCGUUUCCUUCUUUUUCCAUUUUUCAUUCUUCCUUUCUUUUUGGGGGCUCUUUUUUUCUUUUCUUAUCUUCGUAUCUUUUCCCUCUUCAUCGAUUUCUUCUUAGCGAUUCUGCUUUAUUGAUUCUACUUCUGUACCAUUCGCUUUCAUUUUAUCUCUGCUUCUAUCUUUUCACUGAAUUUAAGCAAUGGGUAAACUAA